CUGCGACUCAAAAUUUAUACAUAGAAAGUUUGGUUUUAACAUCUGCGACAUUUGCUACUGCCAUGACCAAUCUUGUUCCUGUUAUGACACUAAUCUUAGCAGCAGCAUUUGGGUUGGAGAAAUUGAAACUAAGAACAAUAACAGGAAAGGCCAAGUUAAUAGGGACAAUAAUAGGAAUAGGAGGAGCAAUGCUUAUUACUUUUUACCAAGGGGUAGAAGUAAAAAUUUGGUCAACAAAUAUUAACCUUUUGAAACACAGUCAUAAUGAUGAGCUUCAUCAGAAAAGUCACAAUUUAGUUGGAAAUCGUAUUGUGGGUUCUGUCUUGGCAUUGGGCAGUUGCAUCACUAUUGCACUGUGGAUGAUAAUUCAGACUAAGAUGAGCAAGAGAUAUCCAUGUCAUUACUCGAGCACGGCAUUAAUGUCUUUAAUGGCGUCAAUUCAGUCGGUUAUUUUAUCGUUAUGCAUAAAGAGAAAUUGGAAUGAGUGGAAGUUGGGAUGGAACAUUAGACUUCUUACCGUUGCCUAUUCGGGAAUUGUGACUUCUGGAUUUGUUGUAACCCUAAUUGCAUGGUGUGUAAAUUUAAGAGGACCAGUUUUCGUGGUUAGCUUUAAUCCUACCUGCCUUGUGAUUGUUGCCAUUGCGGGCUCUUUAUUUCUAGAAGAAAAAUUGCAUCUUGGAAGCAUAUUAGGGGGAUUGGUGAUAGUAUGUGGAUUGUACGUGGUUCUUUGGGGUCAAAACAAAGAGAUAAAGGAAAAAGCACGACAAUUGCCGACAAAUGAACAAGUUGAGGUUGCAACUAACGGAGAUAACUCAACAGUAAAUGCUUCUUCAAUCAAUAUGGUGUUUUGGCAUUCCUAUUUUUUGGUGUUUUGGAAUGGGUGGAGUAGGAAGAUAUACAGAAACCGGAAGGCUUGGUUCAAUAGCAUGGGGAGAAGAGGAAAAGAACAGUAUCGGUUUAGUUCAGUAGCAUGGGGAGAAGAUAAAAUGAACAGUAUUGUGAAGACCGUCACCUUCCGAGACGGUAAUCCAUUACCAGGUGAAAUUAUCCGUGAGUGUUUGAAAAUCAUAGUGGACGAAAGCGUAGCUAUACCGUGGUAGAGAGGUGAUGUUUUGUUGCUUGAUAACUGGGCUGUUCUUCAUGCCCGGAAUCCGGUCACUCGGCCGCGUAUCUUUGUACUUCGUCAUGAUAAAGUCUGAACUAGUAAGAGGGUAAAAAAAUUUCACCCACUCCUGCAUUAACCGAAGUUGCUUCUGACAGAGAUAAAAUAGUAGAAGAUUACACGAUUCGUAUUGGCAAA